AUGACAGAUUUCGAACCAGGAUUAAUUAAAGCCAUAAAAGAUCAAUUUCCUUCUACAACGCAUACUGGGUGUUUUUUGCAUCACACUCAGGCUGUUUUUAAAAAAGCAAACUCACUUGGCCUUUCUGGUGAUUACAAACGUGAUGCAGAUGUUCGAUCAUGUGUACGAAAAUUGAUGAGUCUUCCGCUUUUACCAGUUUACAAAAUAAAAUCUGCAUUUCAGUAUCUUGCCAAUGAUCAUCGAGAUUGUCUUGAUCCAUUAUUCCCUCGACUGUAAGGAGGGUCAUAUGAAAUAAAAUAGUUUGUAUGUUUGUGUCA